AAAAUUUUGUCGAAAACAUCUGGCAUCUCUGGCUGACAGUUUGGUUUCCGGUUAUGUGACAGCCGCUCUUUCCGUUCAGUUGUUCGAAGUGAACGCAUUUGUUAAUUGUUGCUGCUUGGCAUUUUAUUAUCUAAAAUGACCAAGGGUACUUCCAGCUUUGGUAAACGGCGUAAUAAAACGCACACUCUUUGCCGCCGAUGCGGCCGAUCUUCUUACCACAUCCAGAAACAUACUUGCUCGCAAUGUGGGUAUCCGUCGGCAAAGAUUCGGUCGUACAACUGGUCAAUCAAGGCUAAGAGGAGGAAGACAACUGGGACUGGUCGUAUGCGAUACCUGAAAAUUGUACGUCGAAAGUUCCGUAAUGGAUUCCGCGAAGGACAGGUUGCCAAACCACGCAAGGCUGCUGCAUAAGGAUACCAACCGCUCAUAUAUAAAUACUGGCACGAUUAAAAGUAAAUAAAAUGCUGGUUUUGCGAGAGAA